UCUUCAUUAAUCAUCACAACAUACAGGCCAUUUCCCCAUUUCUGACUUCUCUAUCUCCAUUAAUGGAGAGGCCGCUCAUCGAAGUAUCAGACUCAGAGGUUCGUCUACACUUUAUGCUCAAUUCCAAAUGCCGAGCCAACGUCCGCCUCAGGUCUCUCUCCGCCACUACCCCAAUAGCAUUCAAGGUCCAAACUUCAUCGCCGCACAAGUUCCUGGUUAAUCCACCAACAGGGCUUAUCCCUCCUUCAUCCUCUACCAUCUUUCAAAUCAUACUCAGACCACAAACCCAUCUCCCAUCCUCUUUCCCUCGUUCUCCCUCCGACCGUUUCCUCAUCAAAACGGCACCGUUUCCUCCCAAUUCAUCCGAUUUGACUAACCCCGAUUCUCUCAACUCAUGGUUCUCUUCCCUUCCUCUCUGGUCAACUCAAGAUUUUAAGCUCAAGGUAGCCUUCGUCGGUCCGUUUCUUCUCCGGCAUGCUGUCAGCUGUGGGGAUGUUAACUCUGUGAAGAAUAUAAUAAAGAGGCAGAGGUCGAUACUUUCUGAGUUGUCACCGAGAGAGGCUGAGUCGCUCCUUCGAGUUGCUACUGAGUUGGCUGACCCUGAGGGUAUGGUGAACUUACUGCUUGAAGCUGGGUUGAAGAUUGACGCACGGGCUAAAGCGGAUGAUGUGGGCUUUCAUCAAAUGGACGCAAAGUGGCAAUCCAAGGGCUGGAGCGAGCUGCACGUGGCAAUAGCAUUUGAUCGGACGGACGAAGUUUUGGAUUCAUUGGAUAGUUUUGGGCCAUUGGAUUUGAGAGAUAAAGAAGGCAGGACACCGUUGCAUUUGGCGGCAGGCAGAGGGAAUAUCAAGUGCGCUAGGGUGCUGGUGGAAUCCGGUGCAGAUAAGGAUGCUAAGAGCAAAGAUGGCAGGACUGCUCUGUAUAGAGCAGCUGCAAAUGGUGACCAUAAGAUGGUUGAGAUGCUAAUUGAGAUGGGUUCUGACCCCACAAUCGCAGAUAAUCAUGGCCGUUCAGCUUUUGAAGUUGCUCGGGACAAGGGACAUGAGGAGAUUCUGGGGACUCUGGAACGUGGAGAAGUAGUGCUAAUGGCGGCCAGGCGAGGGAACUUGGAACACCUUGAAUCAUUACUAAAGAAAGGUGCAAACAAAAACUAUAAAGAUCAAUAUGGCUUCACAGCCUUGCAUGCAGCAGCUAUCAAAGGGCACAAAGAUAUAGUAUCAAUGCUACUUGAAUUUGGUGUAGAUUUGGAAUGCCAGGACAAUGAAGGUCAUUCCUCCCUGCAUUUGGCCGUGGAAGGUGGCAGUUUAGAGACAGUUGAGGUGUUGGUCAGCAGAGGAGCUAAUGUUAAUGCAAUGAGUAACCGAGGUGCUACUCCACUCUACGUGGCUAGAACACUUGGCUACACUGACAUUUCACAGUUUCUUGUAAGCAGGGGAGCCUCCUUGCCUUCUCCUCCUCCCUCUUCUUUGCCUUCCUCUUUACAAUCCAUCCAACAUGAUAAAGUUCUCUAGCAUUCUAUACAAGGCCUAUAAUAUGCAAAUUCUCAUCAAUAGAUGACUAACCUUAUAAAGGCAUUGGAUUUUGUAGUGAAAAUUAGUCCUCGUAUGAUCUGCAGAUGUAUUUUUUGUUUCACAGGCAAUUUGCAUAGUCUGGUGUAAUUGAGAAAUUAUGAGUCAUGCAUUUGAAUUUUGAAAGGUGUUCAA